GUCGGAGCGUUAACGUUUCUGUCAAAGGCAACCAUAUCUCGGGUUGAAGAAAUGUAUUACUGUGCUCUUUCUCUAUAAUAUAUAGCAAUGUUGCAAGACCUACAGUCUACUCCUGCCAAAUAAAUAAUUAUGCAAAGCACAGUUGACAGCACAGUAGGUUAUGAUGACCUAUUUCCAGAAGUGACUGACGGGUAGCAGAGUAAUGUCGCCUCGCUCUACUGUCAAGUGAGGAAGGCCAUGGACGAGGUGCUCAUGUUAACCGUCCGACAGAUGCGUGAUGAGUUAGCUCAAGGUAUGGGAGUAGUUGUUACCCAAGAGUUGGACAGCGUUGACGGUGAAUUGAUGCAUAAGGAUACAACGGAUCACAUACAAUUAAAGCUUGUCUUGGACAAAAUCGCUAUGCGUCUGCAAGAUUUCGAUUCUUUACUGUCAGCUCAUACUGCGUAUCGCCAUGAGCUUGAGAAGAAUCUCGCUCGUUCACGGUGGAACGAUGUUCGAAGGAAGAUUCUGGACCGAUCAUUCUUCAUGCUGACUGAACCGGCUGGGCGAAUCAAUAUGACGCGUCAAGCAUCGACUACGAGCAAUGACAGCGGCGUCUACGGUGAAGCUGACAUCAGCACACGAAGUAGCAUGAAUGCAUCUCUUAGGAGUGCAAGAGAUGAUCUCAAGAAUAUAUUGACCGACUCCAGUCCAGAUCCGGAGAACCUUACGCUAAAUACACCAAAAGAAACCCUGCUGCCGACGAUAUAUUCAGCGGCAGCGUCUGGCAUGAAUGUUAGUCGCUAUGCCAUCGAUCUCGACAUCAACACAGUCGUGCCUGCAAACAUGGGAGUCGCGCAAAUGGCCAGUGUCAAAAGUAUCUUGGAUGAGGAAGAUGCUCCGAUAGAAAGAUCCAUGCCCAAGAGCAGAGCAUGUACGCCUACAAGUAUGUAUAGUGCCUGGGGUGAGAGCCACAAUCCGUUCCUUGACGGUGGCUUCAGUAUGGAGGUCCCUCUAUUUGCUACCCUAGAUGCCGUGGAAGAGGAUACUCCAGAGCUAUCCCGGUCGACUGCGAACACUCCUACCGAAGAACUGCUUCCACCCAUGCCGACUCUGCCACUGAAAAUGGUACCAGAACCGCUAGUAAUGCUACGCAGAAUAUCGUCUAUGAACCAUCUUGACACGGAGGGAGGUGCUGCAUCGAAGCCAAUGAUCUCUCCCAGCUCUUGUUCGUCAUCAGAUCUGGAAGUCGAACGAAGAAGUGUGCAACGUACGCCGACCCAGGCAUCGUUACAAGGCGCAACUCCGAUCCGACGCUCGCCAACACAUAAGACCGGAAUAUCCACCGUCAUUGCAGCCCCAAAAUCGUCUUUCGUGCCCAGCAUCGUCCCAGAAAGCCACCAUCAUCGCUCGCCUGCGUCCAGUUUCGGUCCAAAUUCCGCGAAAUCUAUAGACUCUAGAAGUUCUUUCACCACGAUAAGGCAAUCCACAGCUGGUGGUCCGCCUCCAAAUGAUUUAAUGAAGAGACUAAGGCGACUCAGCAAAGCUCUCCCUGAGACUCCCACGGCGCCAAGAAGCAAUCCUGCCAAAACACAUUUAAAGCCUUUGCUGCGAAGACCAACACUGCCAGCUACACCCAGCCCACACAGAUCGCGACCAAGCUCCCGGCAAGGCUCUUCAGAUGAGCCAUCUCUGCCAGCUCCGCCUACAUCAAACCCGGCGCCAGUAUCUUUCAAUGACACGCCGAUACUAGAACCAAAGCAGCUGAGCGUCGAGCAUGGGACCGGGAGACACAACAUUGUUAUUUUGGAGCCGCCUCCCUGGGCUAUGGACGAAGAUUUUGAUAUUCCGAUUGUCAUGUCUGUCACGUCGCUGCCUCCCUCGUCGCCUCUGCCUCCGUCAUCACCUCUACCCCCAAUCCCGACCGAGCCGCCAGGCACGAUGUUCGCAAGAGUGCCUGAGCAAGAUGCUGGUAGAAGCCCGGGCAGGCGAGGGACAACAAAGAGGUUCGCGGGGCCUGGGAUAAAGGCUAUGGAAGCAGAGGCGUUGAUGUUAAGGGAGAAGAUGCUCAUGACCCAGCGAGCUCUGUGAAGAAGUCUUGUAAUUUUGGUUGUCAAUGACUUUUGCUAGCCGUGUUACUAUGAUUUAUGGCGUUCUAGG